GUGCGAAGAACAACCGGCAGAAAUCCAGGAGAACGUGAGUCAGUUUGUUAAUGCAGAGCAUCUGAGCUCAUCAGGGACUCUGCUGUAGACCUUCCUCCUCCUCCUCCUGCUCUUCCUCCUCCUUUCAGCGGAUGAGCAGCAGCGGAGGCUCUCAGAGCGGAGAAAGCGCUGCAGCUGCAGGAGGAGAACUCAGUGUAACCAGCCGUCGUUCUUCCUCCUCCUCCUCCUCUUCCUCCUGAAGAACAGACUCACUCUGGAGUUCAGGACCGAAGCUGAAACUUGUGGGUCCGGAGGACGAACUUUCGGCUCGGCAUGGCGUCUCUGCUGAACUCCGCCUGCCUCAUCUUCUUGCCUGUUGCUCUGCUUCUCAUGUUGAGUCCGUGUCCAGUUGCUGCCGCCUCAACCAGAAGGUGUCACUCCAUCUACAAAGGCUUUGCUCGCUGUCUGAUGGCUCUGGGCGACAGUUUGACCGAAAACGCCCGCAAGGAGGAGGAAACCCAUGAGAUCCACUCCAUCUGCAGGUCUUGGGAUGAGUUUCAUGACUGCGCUAACGUGGCGAUGGCUGGCUGUCCGGAGGAAGCGGCGGCUGUUUGGGAGUCUCUUCGCCAGGAAUCCAAGAAGAUGCAGUUCUCUGGGAACCUUUACGACAUGUGCUCCAACCGGAACAGCCACCCGGCAGACUCCAUCUCCCCCCACGGCUCCCUGAGCCAGGAGGAGAUCAACCAGGAGUCUCUAAGAGGAUGCGCAGAUCAUCCGGCAGGCUGCCUCCGUCCUCUGCUGCUACUGGCUCCUCUCCUACUGCUGCUCCUUUGGAUAUAGCUACCCUGAAGAAAUGUGACUAGUGUAAAUAGAUAAAACUUUGUGUAAUAUUCUCUUUCCCCAAGACCAUAGACUUUCCUCUGCUUCUUCCUCUGCUCUGCCAGGGGUUGCAUAUUUCUAAUUGCAUGCUGAGACGGCCUCACGGUCCUUUUGAUAACACAUUUCUGAACUUCGGUUCCGUUUCAUGAAUAUUCUCUGCCGCUUAAUGAGUGUUUCUGUUGGAAAUAUGCUCUGUACUUCUGCAAACACAGUUUUAGAGACGCACAGUGGAGCCACAUGUUUGUCUUUACGCGCUCACACUUUCGAAAUGCAGUCAUAGGUUUGCAUGUGAUGAUUCCAGGAAGACUUCAGGUUCCUAACUGUGAUAACAGAAAACAUAACGACAAAGUCACAAGCAAUACUGUUAGGAUUUAUGAUGCAUUCACUUGCUUAUCGAGAUUUUAGGCGAAAUUUGUGUUUCUGUCUUUAAAGGUUUAUUUUCUAAGCUCCAAACACUGAUUGCAUUGAAGAUUGCUGUUUUUCACCAAAGUUUAAAACAAAUAACAAACAAAUGAGAGCAAAUAUGUGUGUCCAACCACAGUUUAAAUAAAAAGUUGGUUGUUUGAAAUAAACAACUGGUGGCACGAACUUUCUGAUUGGGGAACAGGAAACGAUUUCUGCACAAACUUACAAAAAUAAUUUUAAAAAUGUACAUUUUGAAGGGCAGAAGGUAAAAGUUCUGGUUCAAAAUCUACUCAACUUUUACAGUUGUCUUCAUUGUGUGAUUGAUUUAACAGCAAUUUCUCAAGCUGAGCAUGCAUGUGGCGACAGUGGAGUGAAAAACUCCACAGGAUGAAACCUCCAGCAGAACCAGAACCUGGGUCAGUAAGAGCAACUAUCAGAAAGAAAUAACAGCGAAUAAAGCAAACUGGAGAAUAGCAGAAAAGAAAAGUUAAGAUCUGAGAGUUUGUUGUUAUUUUUUAUUAUAAAAAAGCUGGCAUGAUAGAAUUUUCUUUAUUUUUGACUGAAUUAAAAAAAGAUCUUACAAGUUUUCGUUCAAGUUUAGGAUUUGGAGUAAAAAGUUCAAAUAAAUUUUUGUCAUUGAGGGAUUUGAACAUUUGAGUCUACAGAGAAACCAUUUAUCUUUUAAAGAAGGAGCUAAAGCAGGGAGUCGUCUGCAAAGCAAUGGAAAGAAACUCCAUGUUUCCUGAAAAUAAAGUGAAGCAGGACAAGAAGGAGGCAUAAAACUCAACACUGGGAUGAGAAUCAACAGAGGAUAUAAAGAUUUCACUCAGUCUGAUGCUUUCAAGCUUUUAUUUCUGUUAAUUACUAUGAUUUUAUUUUUACAGUGAACAAAAGCAAAAAUUAAGGUCAGACCAAUAAAAUAAAAUAUUUAAUUCAGGAAUGUGGGUUUAAUGAAAAGUGUGUUUGGUUAUUUUCAAACUGUGUUUUAAACAGAUCUGGAUGCAAAUAUAAAUUGAUAAGCAUCAAUGCGCAGAGUGGAAGUUUUCUGAGCAAUGAAACAGAAGAUAACAUCUGUGAUUUUCUGCUCUUCAGGAUUCAGCCAAUCAGCAGCCAGGAAGAUAAAUGAGCUUCUGGAUUGGUUGCUUUGGAAAUGCCAACCAAUAGCUGCAUGUAAAGUAGCAUUGAACUUUAACUUAAUGAGCUGCAUUUCUUUUGAAUAUGUCAGAUAUGAUCAUUUAUUUUGUGUUUGCAGUUCAACAGAAAAAUUCAGGUUGAAUCCAGAGAUACAGAACCAGUGGAUUCCUGCCUGUAUCUCAAUUAGAAUGAAAUGUAACUAAACAAAAGGUAUUUAGUGUUUAAGCUCCUAAAACAGGCAGUUGCAACCAUUUCUAAAAUGUCUCUUAUGUUUUUGUCAAUUAUUUGUUUUUGGUUUAAGCUGUACUAUGUAACUUUUAUAUAUAUAUAAAAAAGUUUAUUACAUAUUUGCUAAAUCUGUCACCUUGUCCUGACAACAUGGCAUUAUGGGUAAUCUGUGGAAAGAUUGAUCUGCUCCUCCCUGAGCUGCUACUGUUCUCUGAAGAAAUGCACCAAACACAACCAAUCGGAGUCAGGAGGCGGGGCUUAGCGCUGCCUAUCAAGCUGCUCAAUGUGUUAAUUGUGAAAAACAACUUAUCAUAACAGGAAAACCGUUUAGCCACUGUCAUCAAUUUAGCAUGAGAUGAUUGACAGCGCUAAAACCCGCCUCCUGGCUCUGAUUGGCUGUUUCUGUCUAAGUGGUGGGUUCUGCAGUUUGUACUGGGAGAACUGGGAAAAGGCAGAGGAGCUCAAUUUGUUUCACAGAUUAUCUGUGUUAUAUACUGUCACGACCUAAUGAUAGUUUUAACAAAUAUGUAAAAAACUAUUUUUUAAAAAUAAAAUUUGCAUUCUCCAACUUUAACUACAGAAAGUCCAUUGUAAUGUUUUUUAAACAUAGAUAUGAAGACAAAAUCUGAUUUUUGCCGUUUUUUAUGGAGUUAAUUGCAUAAAAUUUCCACAACAGUAUCACUAAGCAGCAUAAUAUAGAUAUACUUUUAGAUUGUUUUCCAUAAAUAUAAUUAUCCCAUGUGAGAAAAUGUAUCCAUCUUUUCCCAAAAGCUUUAUGUUUUCUUAUUUUAUUUUAAAACUUUAAAAAAGAAAUCAAACUGUGUUUUUGUGGCUCUAAGCUGCGCUUUGUCGGUGAACUGAGGGCAGAAAUUGCUUUUUGGAUUGUAAAGGUUGCAGACCCUUGAACUAGGUUUGGAGAUGUAAAGUAAAAACCUGUAAAAAAAAAAAAAAUAAAAUAAAAUAAACA